UAUUGGUCAAGGCAGCCUUUAAAGGUCUCAAAAUUGUAUCUUCUUUAUUCAUUUUUCUGCUCAAUAUGCUGAAGAUCACUCUGUUAGUGUUUGUGGCUUUAUUAUGCACGGUUUUGUGCCAGCCUUUGGAUUUACACGAGACGACUGACGUUGACUCAAAUGCGGUACAGCAUCAUGUUAGCCGGAGGUUUGUUAACCCCAUGUUUGCCCUCGGAGGUGGAGGAGAUAGCUCCGUCACCAAGAUGAGGACUAAGAGGCAGGCGGACGAGUGUGAAAAACUAGCGCUGUGCAAGCUGCACGCGAGAUCACAGAGAAACUUCUUUGCUGCCUUCCAACUGUACUUUGUCAACAAAGAAAACGCCAAAAUGUGGGACCACCAGGCAAGAUCCAUCGCUGACUGCAAUGAAAGAUUUGGAGAUUGUUAUGAAUAAAGCGCCACUAAAUGAUAAACUGCUCCCAUAUCUAUGAAAGUAUGGAGGAUAAAUAUAAAUUAAUGGCUGC